CAGCGUCAACCAUCUAUCUCAAGUACAAACUCGGAUAAAAUAUACUCCUUUGUGGCUCUUCCAGGCACAACUCAAAAGAAACGACCCCGCAGGAGAUUUGAUGAGGUCGAACGGCUGUACUUCUGCAGCUGGCCCGAGUGCACAAAGGCGUACGGAACUCUUAACCACCUCAAUGCACACGUCAGUAUGCAAAAUCAUGGUCCCAAACGACAUCCUGCUGAGUUCAAGGAGAUGCGUAAAGAAUGGCGUCGACAAAAGAAAGAAAGAGAGGCGAUGCGAAAGUCUGCAGAGAAA